AUGAUCAACGAUCUUGAACUGGCAUCCUCUAGCACUGACCAUUGGAAAUACGUGGAUGACGUAACAAUAUCGGAGUCCUUAAAGAAAAAUGAAGUUUCAGUCCUACAAUCUGAUCUUAACACAAUUGAAAGAUGGACUGUUAAUAACAACAUGAAAUUGAACGGAAAGAAAUGCAAAGAAAUGAUAGUGAGUUUCGUCCGUAGCGAGAAUGACAUCCCCCGACUCCUCAUUGAUGGUUUACCUCUAGACUUAGUUCCUUCUUUCAAAAUUUUGGGCUUAACCAUGAACAAUAAAUUGAAAUGGCAAGAUAACACUGAAGC